AUGCUGGUGCUGCCACCCCCCUGUCCCCAGCCCCAGUUGCUCUCCUCCCUCCAGGCCAUGGAGGCCCCGGCCUCUCGGACAGCCGGGUCCCCAGAGCCAGGGCCGUCCUCCUCCGCGGGCGCUCCCCAGACCGCCUCCCCUCUGCGCUCCAACCACUACUUGCUCAUCGACACCCAGGGCGUCCCUUACACCGUGCUGGUGGACGAGGAGACGCAGAGAGGGGCGGGCGCCGAGGGGGCGGGCGCCCAGAAAAAGUGCUACAGCUGCCCCGUGUGCUCGCGCGUCUUCGAGUACAUGUCGUACCUCCAACGCCACAGCAUCACCCACUCGGAGGUGAAGCCCUUCGAGUGUGACACCUGCGGCAAGGCCUUCAAGCGCGCCAGCCACCUGACACGCCACCACUCCAUCCACCGCGAGGGGGGCGGCCGGCCCUACAGCUGCCCCGUCUGCCCCCGCCGCUUCCGCGAGGCGGGCGAGCUGGCGCAGCACAGCCGGGUGCACUCGGGCGAGCGCCCGUUCCAGUGCCCGCACUGCCCGCGUCGCUUCAUGGAGCAGAACACGCUGCAGAAGCACACGCGCUGGAAGCACUCUCCAGCUCGCCGCGUCUCCACCGCCCACCCGGGGGUGGGGACCCCCCUCCAAAGUCGCGUUCGCUCCUCGGGAGAUAGGAAUUUGGAGACGCUCCCUGGACCGGGCGCGCGGGAGACCCACAAGGGGCCGUCGCGCAAGUGCGGGCCCAGCUUGAGCCGCAGGCGGCGGGCUUCACCAGCGGGGACCGGUGGAGAAGGCGGCGCCGGGCCGUUCGUACCGGGGCGAGGUGCCACAGCUCUUCCCGCCGCGCCCGCCGAGGGAGGCCCAGACCCGCUGCCCCGGCGCCCGGCCCUGCCCGCUCGGGCGGCUGGGUGGGCGCUUCCCGCCUGCCGUGACACUUUGCAGACGCUCCCUAGCGCCGGGCAUGGGCGCCACCGUCUUCGGUCCCCCGGCCGGAAUCCGCGCGCGCGGGUGGGUGAGCGCGGGGGGUCCCCCCUCGGCCCCUCCGGCCCGGGCACGGCGGGCGGGGAGGGUGGCCGCGUCUGUGCGCCCCGCCCCCGUGAGGACCCCUGUCCACGACGCUCCCCUCCCACCCGCGGGACAAAGGGCGGGGGCGGGGGGCGCAUCCCCACGCGCGUGCCAGCCUCGCGCAGCGCGCACGCGCCUGGCCUUGCCGCCGCGGGGGAGGGGCCCUGCGCGUCCACGCGGGGGGCGUGGGACGGGGGGGGGCGCACACAGGGCCAGACCUCCACUCUGAGCCUGCAAGUUGGGGUACACUUGCCCCCUCGCUCCUCUCACCGAGGUGCCCGAGAUGAGGGAUCUUCCAGUUUCCUGUCGACUUGA